GGCGGCGGGGCCCAGCCCAGCGAGGUGACAGCCGCGCUCGGACAAGGAGCCCGGCCCGACGCUGCCAUGAGCGCCGCGCUCUUUAGCCUGGACGGCCCGGCGCGCGGCGCGCCCUGGCCCGCGGAGUCCGCACCCUUUUACGAGCCAGGUCGGGCGGGCAAGCCGGGCCGCGGGAGCGAGCCGGGAAGCCUGUCCGAGCCAGGCGCCGCUGCCCCUGCCAUGUACGACGACGAGAGCGCCAUCGACUUUAGCGCCUACAUCGACUCCAUGGCCGCCGUGCCCACCCUGGAGCUGUGCCACGACGAGCUCUUCGCCGACCUCUUCAACAGCAACCACAAGGCGGGCGCGGCCGGCGCCUCUGCCAGCGCCCUGGAGCUGCUGCCCGGCGCCCUCGCGCGUGCCCACGGCCCGGGCACAGCUGCCCCGCGUCCGCUCAAGCGCGAGCCCGACUGGGGAGACGGCGACGCGCCCGGCUCGCUGCUGCCGGCGCAGGUGGCCGCGUGCGCGCAGACCGUGGUGAGCCUGGCGGCGGCCGCACAACCCACACCACCCACGUCGCCCGAGCCGCCGCGCUCCAGCCCCGGGCCGAGCCCUGCUCCUGGCCCGGCCCGGGAGAAGAGUGCGGGGAAGAGGGGCCCGGACCGCGGCAGUCCGGAGUACCGGCAGCGGCGCGAGCGCAACAACAUCGCGGUGCGCAAGAGCCGCGACAAGGCCAAGCGGCGCAACCAGGAGAUGCAGCAGAAACUGGUGGAGCUGUCGGCCGAAAACGAGAAGCUGCACCAGCGCGUGGAGCAGCUAACGCGGGACCUGGCCGGCCUCCGGCAGUUCUUCAAGCAGCUGCCCAGCUCGCCCUUCCUGCCGGCCGCUGGGGCCGCCGACUGCCGGUAACGCGCGCCCCGGGGGCGGGAGAGACUCAACCAACGACCGAUACCUCAGACCCGACCGGCCAGGGAGCGGAGUGCGCCCCGCCCGGACGCCGCGAGAGCCGCUCGGCGCCGGCUGCAGUUUCUUUGGGACGCGCGAA